AUGACCGUAACUUCCCCUCUGCCCGCCCUGCAUAGGCGCGCAGCUGUGCUGCUUCCGCGCCCCUCCAUCCGUGCCUCCGGAAGUCGCUCGCUUGCCUUGGGCUCGCCGCUGCUGCAGCCCGUUGUGGCGGUGUGUGCGACCAGGCGUGGGCUGCUGUCGUCGUUUCAACCAGUGCACCACGCCUCGCCUGCCUCUCAGCGUGUGCGCGUAGCCCCAGUCCGCGUCGCGGCGUCUCCCGCGGUGACAGCCGCCAUGGCCUCCGCGGAGGCCGCCAAGCGGCCGUUCGUGGGCGACCUGGGAGUGCGCAGCGGGUUCGUGGACGCGGUGGGCAACACUCCCCUCAUCCGCCUGAACCGCGCAUCACAAGAGACCGGCUGCGAGAUUUACGGCAAGGCGGCAGAGGCGAGUGGCGAGUUGAGGGAGGGCGGGGUGAUCGUGGAGGGCACGGCGGGCAACACGGGCAUCGGGCUGGCACUGGUGGCCAAUGCACGCGGGUACAAGACAGUCAUCGUCAUUCCAGAGACACAGAGCCAGGUGCGCACGCACACUCGCACGUCCACUUGUGCAGCAAUGUCAUCACCGUGCAAGGAGCAGGAGAAGAAGGACAUGCUGCGCAUUGCAGGAGCCACGCUGGUUGAGGUGCCAGCAGUGCCAUACAAGAACCCCAACAACUACGUCAAGUACUCGGGCAGGCUCGCACAAGCCAUUGCCAAGACCCAUCCAGGCGGUGCCAUAUGGGGCAACCAGGUGAGCGCUAUCAGUGGGGCGGACGAGGGUGGGGGGAAGCACGUGAUGUGUGCGAUUGCGUGGGUGGGCUGUCUGCUCACUGCAUCCCCUGCUGUGUCAAUGGCCACCUCUCACCGCUGUUGCUAUGCACCAUGCCCCAUUUCGCUCCCCGUUCCGCUCGUCUCUCCUUUGUCCAUGUUCCAGCCCCUGUAUCAUAACCUGUUUGACAACACAGCCAAUCGCCAGGCCCACUAUGAGACAACGGGCCCGGAGAUCUGGGCGCAGACGGAGGGGCGAGUGGACGCGUUCAUCUGCGCCAUCGGCACGGGCGGCACCCUCGCUGGCACCGGCAAGUACCUGAAGGAGCGCAAGGCGGGCGUGCGGGUGGGCAUGGUGGACCCCAUGGGCGCCGCCAUGUUCAGCUACUACAACAAUGGCACUCUCGAGGCCCAUGGCUCCUCCAUAUCAGAGGGCAUAGGGCAGGGGCGCAUCACAGGCAACCUGCAGGGGUGGGGGCUGCCUGAGAGAGAAGGGGGAUGCGUUGACUUCUGCUGCCAGGUGACUGCCUCUCCGCCCCCCACCCACACUCUCUCUUCUUCAACCUUUUCUCUGCUUGCUGCUGCCGCGCCUUCCCGCAUGUGGCCUACAAGGCACCAGCACCUCUCCCUGCUGUGUCCCCGCCCUGUGUGGCAGGUGGAGGACGCAGAGGCGCUGCCGGUGGUGUACGACCUGCUGCGGCACGAGGGGCUGUGUGUGGGGCUGUCAUCGGGCAUCAACGUGGCGGGUGCCAUGCGGCUGGCGCGCGCCAUGGGGCCAGGCCACACCAUCGUGACCGUGCUGUGUGACCUGGGCACGCGCUACCAGGGCCGUCUCUUCAACCCGCCCUUCCUCAGCGCCAAGGGGCUGCCCCUCCCCGCCUGGAUGGACAGCGAUGCCGAACCUGCUGUGGCCGUGCCUCAGGUGUUUGAAGAGGUGGAGGCGUGA